GCCAGUGGUUUGGCCGACAGGUGGGUAGCUUGACGCAGCAGCGAAUAAAACGCAGCGAGUUCUCUGGAUUUAGGGUAUUCUCCAACUUUAUAUCAUUCGCCGUCAGUUCGCAUUCAUCGACUGUCAGCAUGGUACGCGAAGUAAGAGAUUUGGAUGAAUUUAAGGCCAUCCUGAAGCAGGCUGGAGAUAAGCUGGUGGUGGUGGACUUCACAGCUACAUGGUGUGGCCCCUGCAGACGCAUCAGCCCAGAAUUUGAAAGAUUGUCACAGUUGCCUGAAAACAGCAACGUGAUUUUCCUGAAGGUGGACGUGGACAAAGCUUCGGAUGUGAGCUCUUUCUGCCAAGUCAGCUGCAUGCCCACAUUCCACUUUUACAAGAAUGGAGCUCAGCUGCACAAGUUCUCUGGUGCUGACGCAGCAACACUAAUAGCAAACGUGGAGAAGUUUAGAUGAGUUCCACCAACCAACCCUACAGUAGAAGCUGUUACCCUCCUGUACACGCCUACGAAGGAAUUCCAGUUUUAUUUCCCAUCUCUAUCAAGUCUUCUAUCCCACUCAUCCUGUAAUGGUAACAUAGUCCUGUCAGUGCAGUGUGUAGUGUCUUGACAACGGGCUGAAAUUUUAUUCUAACUGGACGACCACUUUUUACCUCUGCUUUGAGCAAUCUGCUUUGUUCCUGAAAACCUGGACUUCUUUGUACGUUGUGGAUGUAAUAAACCGAUGAAUUCCACAAA